AAAUAGAUGAAUGUGGCGACUCAUUUAUAUAAGGUCAACGGUAAUUGUAAAAAUGACAUGAACUUGCUGUAGCUAGCUCGACAACGCUUGCUUCUUCGUGAGCGCGCUGCUCGUACCCCUUCACCCCGUGAACGCGCAACAGCAUCCUCGGUGGCCAUCCUCUCCAUCCCUUUUCCCGGGAUAAACACACCGAAACAAGAUGAACCAGAUGCUUGCAACUUGCUGGACUUUACUCCUCCUCUCUGCCUUCCUGUGCGAGCCGGCACUGUGCAAAGGUGGCCGCGGAGGGUCUAGGGGCUCGUCCCGAGGCUCCCCCGCUCGUAGCUCCACGGCGGGCAACUACCGCGGGGCAGGCGGCUACGGUGGCCCGCGCUCUCGCUUCCGGGCGGCGGGCCGGUCGUCCCCCGUGAGGGUGGCGAGCGCUGCUGCUGCGGGAGCCGCCGUGGCCCUGACGGCGGACAAAUGGUACGCGUCCGCCUACCGCCGUAAUAACGCAGAGAGCUCAGAGGACGUGCUGGAUUAUUACAACAGGACGGGUUACUUUGAUGCCCAAAUGUCUGGUUCCACGCGGGGUGCCUCCUUCUGCCAAAUGCUCUCCAUCACCAUGGCAACACUCUCCUCCAAAUAUGCACUCCUGCUCGAUGCCACACUGUAGAUUUGUGGACAAACACCUGACUAAUGCAGGACACGCUGCUGGAAAGACUUGUGGGAGUUUGAAGACACAGUAACCACACAAACAAACAAAAAACACUGACUGCUUACUUACACUUGAACGCACCACUAAUGUAAGCGUCACACCAGCGUGUGUGUAUCUAAAGAUGCACAGACAAAAUAAAUAUUUCUUUAGAAUAUGCACUUCUGAUUAAGUUAUUUAUGUACACCAUGGCGCUGCACAGGAUAAUCCAUCAUUAGAAAACUUUAAAAAAAAAACAACAACCUUUCUUUUACAUUUGAUUCCAUUCUUUAUAGACGUUUACUUGUGGAUGCUCAUUUGGAAGAGACUAAAAAAAAAAAGUUUCCUUAUAAAACUGGAGUGGUGCUGCUCAAACUUUGAGAUGUUGUGAUGUAUCCCAAAGCCUCUUCCUCUUGUUAGGAGCACUCGACUGUUCCUUAUCUCCAGCACUUGUGUACAUAAUACCUUUAUUAUCUGUCCUAAUGCAAAUAAAUACAUGUUCAAACCAA